AUGGACGGCCCCAGCUCUCCAUUCGGCCAGCCUAACGCCAAUGGAACAUACGGAGAAGAGUGGGCUCACGACCUUCGCAUCCGCUUCGAAGGCCUGCUUCGCGACAAGCGCAUGAAUGACCUUCGCUCUGGCAACCGUCUUGGCUCUCCCGCCGGCAGCUCGAUUGCUGCUGCUUCCAACAUGGGCUCUCCCGCCGGCCAUACGCCGCCGUCUUACUCGGUCAUCCGCAAUCUUCCUAUUAUCCCAACCGCGCCUGAAGCCGCCGACCGAGACUCGCAAAAGUUCCGCAACCUCCUCAUCAGCCUGUCUUUGACACCAACCAAAUACGAAAACCCUGGUCUUCUCGACGAGGCCUUGAACACGGUCCCCCUGGAUAGAAUCUAUGGCGAAGCAGAGGAGGAGACUCAGCUGCUCCAAGCUGCUGCUGAGAGUAUGGGCGAUGGUCGACGACCUGAGUGGGGAUACCAGGACUGCGUUAUCCGUGCGCUUCUUCGCUGGUUCAAGCGAUCCUUCUUCACCUGGGUCAACAACCCCCCUUGCCCCGUAUGCCUCUCUCCCACAGCUGCCCAGGGCAUGACCGCCCCGACACCAGAUGAGACUGCCUGCGGUGCUCUCCGAGUUGAAUUAUAUAGAUGCUCUGCCCAAAACUGCGGCGCCUAUGAGCGAUUCCCCCGAUAUGGCGACGUCUGGCGCCUGCUGGAGACCCGCCGCGGCCGCGUUGGUGAAUGGGCAAACUGCUUCAGCAUGCUUUGCAGAGCACUCGGCGGCAGAGUCCGUUGGGUAUGGAACGCCGAGGACCACGUCUGGACUGAGGUAUACUCGGAACACCAGCAACGAUGGGUCCAUGUCGACGCCUGCGAAGAGGCUUGGGAUAACCCCCGCCUGUACACCGAGGGCUGGCGCAAGAAGAUGUCUUACUGCGUAGCCUUUUCUAUCGACGGUGCUACAGAUGUUACCCGAAGAUAUGUCCGCUCCAGCGAUGCUGCCAACGAGCGCAACCGCUGCCCCGAGCCAGUUAUGUUGUGGAUUAUGCAAGAGAUUAAGGAGCUCCGUCGUAGCAACAUGAGCAAGGAUCAACGCUUCCGGUUGGAAAAGGAGGACCAGAGAGAGGACCAAGAACUCCGUGGCUAUGUCGUUGCCUCUAUUGCCCAGGCUGUGACAGAGCUUGUCCCUGGUUCUCCCAACGGAGCCACCCUGACGGCUGGUCGCGUCCUUAGUGGUGCUGCCCACGAUACCAAGCUGCCUGCUGAGCAGCCUGGCCGCACCAAUGAAUGGGUUGCCCAACAGCAAGCCCAGAACCCGCGCUACCAACCGCGAGAUCCUAGCCACCGUCGCCAACUGCCUUAG